AUGUCGGUGUCGGUGUCGGCUGUGGUGGACGAGCCUCAUCCUUCAAAGAUAUCAGCUACUCUUACCAAGAUGUGCGGAACAGCUCCUGCUGAACCCCCAAUUAUGGCAAACAAUGCUUCAUAUCUCCUAACUCCCAAAUUAGUUGUCGAUGUAUCUCCUCAACCAAGCUCCUCCUCGGUGAAUAUUUCCCACUCAAAUGCAACCACACCUCCCUCCAUGUCCUCAAAGAGCGAGCCAACUCUUUGCAAGAUACCCAAGGUGGAUGAUCAAAAGAUAACCAAUAUCAUAGGUUCCAUCGCUCAACUGCUCACACAGCAGAGCCAAUUGAUCUCAGAUCAUGAGAACAAAUUGAGAAUGUGUGAGAUCUACUUCCAGAAUAAAUUCUAUGAACUGGAAAGUAUGUUGGAGCAUUUCAUUGAAAGUCAAAGGUCCGAUGGACUGGAAGUGGAAGUUUACAUCAAAGAUAAAGUGGAUAAUAUGGCUGAGAAGUUGGAUAAGCUGAUAAGGAAGAAAGCUCCAAAUGGAAGAGGUCGACCAAAAGCCGAAAACACAACCAAGAAUAUCAAUCUUGAACCUCAAUCAGAUGCGGUUUCUGGAAUGGGCUUCCCCUUAGAGGAUAUGUUAGGGAUAGAAGAUCUCAUCACGUUCGAUACACCUUCUUCCCUCGAUAUGCAAGAUGCACAGACCCGACUUCAGACUAUGAAUUUCAACCAACUCCUUGUAGACCCUCUUUCGCUCGACUCUACCAUCUUUGACAUACCCCAAUUCAUCGCUCCAACAACAGAAAAAGGUUCCUCCUACCUUCCCGGUAGGGGUAAGACAUUAGUGGAUCAAGCUAUAGAAAAACAGAGAAACCUUCUCAACGAUGAGAAUGUAUUGAAGGAAGGUGAAAAUUCUGUGGAGUUUGUAUUCAGGAAGAAAUUGAAAGGUACCAAAGGAAAAGACAAUUUCAAGAUUGACAUGUCUUUUCUGGAUGAAAUUUCCAUUGACUCACAGUCUCAGGCUCAAAAUCAAGAUCAAGAGCGUCCAGAAUCACGAUUUCAUGUCCCAACCUCUUAUGGUAUUACGAAUUCGCAGAUUGAAGUCGGCCCAUCGAACAAUCUUCGUUCCCAUCAAGUAAAGGAAUAUGACCCGUUUCCAUUGACGUACUUACGGGAACGUACUUCGACUGACAUCCCACCCUCUUCUUCUUCCUCUUCGGAUACCUCGGAUUAUUCGGAUGACUCUCAUUUGACUUCGAUUAAGAGAGGCGCAUCAUUGGUAGAUGACAAGUUGCUUUUACCUGGUACACCCACACUCUCACCUGUGGGUUUACCUACACGAGCUCGAACGCUGAGCGGGAGUGGGAAGAAGAGAAAGAAGGUUAGUAACGGUUGGACUAACAAGAAGAAACCGAAAAGGAAUGAGGGCGAUGACGAGAAGAAGAAGAAGGUCGAUGGGUGGCCGACUUUUGGGGUUAAUACUCUCAAGAACAGGAUGGACGAAAUCGUAUGUGAUACUUGCGGAGGCAGGGUUCAUUGGGCAUGUGCAGGUCUUUCACACAGCAGAAACAUGCGUGAAGCUCCCUGGAGCUGUCCAGACUGUUUGAAGAUCAUGGUAGAAGCGAGUGAUUCCAGAGACGGUAGGAUCCCUUCCAUACCCAGAGCUCAACAGGAGAAAUGCCUGAGACCGAAUUGUAUUUUUCGGUCCGAAAGGAGGAUCGUGAGGGAGAAUGAUGAUGUUAAUCAAUUUUUCAUGGAGAAGAUUAUCGGGAGAAAGAAGAUAUCCCAUAGGCCUGGAAGUGGUAAUUACCUGUAUUUAGUAAAAUGGUGGGAUUGGGAGAUAUACGAUUCGACAUGGGAACCAGGCAGAAAUAUACCAGACUUGGAACGAUAUGAAGUUCUCUUCCUUCAAUGUGCACUCAAGACAGAAGGCACAGAUAUGUACUUGAAGAAUGUACUUUUGCUCGAAGAGUGUUCGCCAUGGUUCGAUCAUAAGGGGAGAUAUAAAGUUGAUUUGUUGAAGAGUUUGGGUGUGGAAAAGAGAAUAUGGUGGGAUGAUGAUUAG